AAAGGGGCUCCCCUGCCACUGCCCCUAUUAAAUUCAGAAUCCCUACCAUUUCCCUUUCAUAACCCUUCCUUAUCAUCUUUCUCUUUCGCCCAUCUUCCUCUCUCUCUCUCUCUUAUUUUCUUCCCUUCCUUCCUGUUGCUGUUGCUGUUGCUGUUGCUGUUCCUGUUCCUGUUGCUGACAUUUCUUGAAGCUUGCACUUUUUCCCCACCUUUUUUCAUUUUUUUUUCCCAAUAAGCUUUUCAUUAUCCUCUGUGUUGGCACCAUUUCUUUUUUGUUCUCUCGCAACGCAAUUGAAUCCUCCUCCACAUGGGAAGGCACUCUUGUUGCUAUAAACAGAAGCUAAGGAAAGGACUUUGGUCUCCGGAUGAAGAUGAAAAGCUUCUCAAUUAUAUCACCAAGCAUGGCCAUGGCUGUUGGAGCUCUGUCCCUAAACUCGCUGGCCUUCAACGCUGUGGAAAGAGCUGCCGCCUCCGAUGGAUUAAUUACCUCAGGCCUGAUUUAAAGAGAGGUCCUUUCUCCCAACAGGAGGAGGAUUUGAUCAUUGAGCUCCAUGCCGUGCUUGGAAACAGAUGGUCUCAGAUUGCUGCUCAGCUCCCAGGAAGAACAGACAAUGAAAUAAAGAACUUGUGGAAUUCGUGCAUUAAGAAGAAACUGAGGCAGAAAGGGAUUGACCCCAACACCCAUAAGCCUGUGUGUGUGUCAGCUGAUGUUGACAAUGAGAGUGAGAAUAAUAAGGUCCCGGCCACAUCCACCUCUUACAGAAGCAACGAUAACAGCUCCGAUGAAGCCACCAACAAUGCAACGGAGACAACACCUCUCCCAAUCAUCGCCAAUUCCAAUUCCCAAAUCUACUCCCAAACCUCACAGGACUUUUUCCGAUUCCAAAAUUCCACAACCAACACACCUUCUGAAAUGGUCGAUUACCUCUCUUUCCAUCACCUCAAUUACGCACCCUCUAGAAUCCCAAAUCCAAAUCCCAAUUCCCUCUGCUUCAACCUCCCCCCGCCGCCAAUCCCGACCAAGCCCCCAGUACCCACCUGGGAGGGAACCACUUUCACCGGCGGAAACAACCACUUCUACGACGCCAGUAACUUCUCCUGGGGGGGGCUACCCGAUUGCGCUAAAUCAGAGAAACUACAUCCAACUGCAAUUCCGGAAGACAUCAAAUGGUCGGAGUUUGUGGGGAAUCCAUAUAUGGUCAUGGGGAACGCGGCGGCGGCAGUGCAAAAUCAAGAAUUUCAAUUUCAAACUGAACCAAUGUUUGCAGACAACAUGAGUAGGGGUACGGCGGCGGAAACAGGGUUUAUAACAGAGGCCGGGUGGCAGAGGCAACAAGCUUCCUCAGAUGCUGUAUAUAACAAACACCUCCAUACUCUUACUGUUUCUUUUGGAAAUACCCUUUAACCUCCUCCUCCUCCUCCUCCUCCUCUACAUACUCCAAUUGUUUGCCUAAAAACAACAUUCAAGUAAAUGAGUUUUCUUUUUUCUUUUUUCUUUUUUUCAUUUUUCUUGGUUUGAAGCUCCAUGCUUUGUGUUCAUAGAUAUUAUAUAUAUUGUUAAUAGAGAUUGUGUGGAUGAUAGGAUUACUUGGCUUUCACUUUGAUGAAGAAAGAAUGACUGAAACUUAGUGAUAGACGCGUGGGAAGGAAGGAUAGAGAAGGAGAUGAUGUAAUAAAUGUAAGACAUUUGUGUUUUGGGUUUAUCCAGAUUGUUAAUGUUUGAUGCUUGUCUUGUCUUUCA